CUUUCGCAGACCAUCCAUCUUUGAUUGAGAUGGCCAUCGUCUCAAUCAGAGUGGCGAGAUAGUAAGAGGUCACCAGCAAAAAUGUCACGACUAAUCGUAAAGAAUCUUCCCGCUUACCUCUCGGAUGUCCGUCUCCGCGAGCACUUCAGCCAAAAGGGCUCAGUCACCGAUGUCAAGCUCAUGACACGGCCAGAUGGCACAUCCAGGAGGUUCGGCUUCGUAGGAUAUCGAUCAGAAGAGGAGGCGCGAGACGCCCUCGACUACUUCAAUCGCACCUUCAUUGAUACCAGCAGGAUCCAGGUGGACCUGGCAAGGAAGAUUGGAGAUGAGGGAUUGAUCGAGGUCAAGGAGAAGAGAAAAGCGACCAGAGAUGGGGUGCAAGGUGUCGAAGCUGCUAGUGCUGCUGCUGCUGCUCGAGACCAAAAGAAGAAGGAGCAAGAGAAGAGGGCCAAGAGCAAGGCAUCCAAUGCCGCCUCUUCGUCAAAGGGCGUCUCCUUCGAAGAGUUCAUGGCCGUCAUGGCUCCAAAGAAGAAGCGAAAAACAUGGCAGAACGAGGAAGAUGACCCUGAGGAACGGCUCAAGUCCGCGCCAGCCGAUGAAGAGACGACAGACUCAAAGAAGGAGCGGAAGCGGGCAAAGAAGGAGGCGAAAGUUGAGGCCGACGCCGCGCAAGCUGCUACCACUACGGCCGAUGCAAACGAUGCAGAUGGCGACGAUGACGAUGACAAUGCAGACAUGGAACAAGACGAGGCGCUCAACGACGAAGGCCUUACCGACCUGGACUACAUGGCUAAGCGUAUGCGGCGCAAUGUCGGCCUGGAGCAGCAAGCCGCACAAGCAGCAGCCAAAAAGGCGAAGCAGUUCGAGCAGUCUGACUCUGAGGCUGGCAGCGAAAGCAGCGACUCAGACCAAAGCGAUGAGGAGAGCGAUGAAGAGGAAGACGAAGUCACAAAAGCCAAGCAGGAAAAGGAGCGCCUCGCACUCGAAGAGAAAGCCCGCAAGGACCAAGAAGCCGUGGAUACCAUCAUGGGUAGCGGCCGAUUGUUUAUACGCAACCUGCCCUUUUCAGCCAGUGAGGAAGAUCUCGAGCAGCAUUUUGCCGUCUUUGGUCCAGUCAAGCAGGUGCACAUCACUCUUGACAAGACCACCAAGUCCUCGAAAGGCAUGGCCUUCGUUCACUACCACGAUCCUGCGCAUGCUCUCAGCGCCUAUCGCGGUGCAGAUGGCACGACCUUUCAAGGUCGCCUCCUCCAUCUUCUCCCUGCCGUAGAUCUUCGACCCAAGCCCGAGCAGGGUCCAACGCUGAAGCAAUCACGUGCAGAGGAGCGCAAAGCAAAGGCGGGGCAGGACUUCAACUGGAGCUCCCUCUACAUGAGUGCAGAUGCCGUGGCGAGCAGUGUGGCCGAGCGACUGGGCAUCUCCAAAUCAGACAUCCUCAAUCCGUCCGACGACUCUGGAGGGGACAGUGCUGCAGUCCGCCUCGCCCUGGCGGAAACUAAAGUCAUCCGCGAAACGAAGGAGUUCCUCGAGCGCGAAGGCAUCGACGUGUCCUCCCUCGAAGGCAAGAAGGUUCGACGAAGCGACACAACAAUCCUCGUCAAGAAUAUCCCCUUUGGCACCGCCCCUGAGACGAUCAGAGAGAUGUUCGAGCGUCACGGCGAUGUCGACCGCGUGCUGAUUCCGCCUGCAGGGACGAUUGCGCUGGUUGAAAUGGUAGUGCCUGGAGAGGCUCGAGUCGCAUUCAGGGCGCUUGCGUACAAGAGGGUGGGCAACUCGAUUGUUUAUCUCGAGAAGGCGCCGGAGGGGAUGGUCAAGAGACGAAGUGGUGGCGAGGAUGUCAAGGGUACAAAACCGGUUGUGGCUCCUCCUACCACUGCAGCCGCGACGGCCACCGGUAGCGACACAGCGGCGGGCGAGGCGGAUGUGGAACCUGGCGCAACCCUCUUUGUCAAGAACCUCAGCUUCGCGACGACGGACGCGAAGCUCACGCACCUCUUCAGCACCCUCACGGACUUCGCUUUCGCCCGCGUGCAGACGCGCAUCGACUCUCGCGAUCCCUCCAAGAGACUAAGCAUGGGGUACGGUUUCGUCGGAUUCCGCAACCCGGCUGCGGCUCAGACUGCGCUCGGAGCACUGCAGGGGAAAGAGCUUGACGGCCAUGCAUUGGCGCUCAGCUUCGCAAGGAGAGGACAGGAUGCCGAUGAUACGGCGGUCAAGGGCGCAAAGGAACAGCCCACGACGAAGUUGAUCGUCAAGAAUCUGCCUUUUGAGACCACCCGCAAGGAUGUCCGUGCUCUCUUUGCUGCGCAUGGGCAAGUCAAAUCGGUUCGUGUCCCCCGUAAAGCUGCCGCUCUCUCUGGGCCUUCUCAAUCAGGCGCACGCGGGUUUGCCUUUGUCGAGUUCACCUCCAAACGCGAGGCCCAAGGCGCUUUCGAGGCGCUGCGUCACGCGCAUUUUCUGGGGAGGCAUUUGGUGCUGCAGUGGGAUCGUGAGGACGAGAAGGGAGUGGAUGGGUUGAGAGAAAAAGUCAGGGAGAGUUUCGCUGGUGCGAGGCAGGGCGGGGAGCAGGGUAGAGUGGGGAAGAAUAAGGCGAAGCUCAAGCUUGGGCAAGACGACAUUGCUGAGGCGGCCGCGAAGGAGAGAGCACAGAGAGACGAGGAUGAUGAGUAAAAUGUGAGAUUCUCAAUUGUACAUUACCAUUCACGAUGAGACGCCGGUCAUAGCGAGUGCAAGUCUGU